CUCAGCUUGUCUCCCUUGCACCAUGAGCAUCCGGGACAGACUGCGCCCAUCGUCGACGGUAAUCUCGCCCUCAACCUCUCAGCAAGACGAUGCUGAAAACGACCACGAUGGUCGAGUCGUAACAGGCGUCGUGCUCUCUUGCGACGACACUUCCAAUGAAGGUGAUGUCCACAGAGAAUACAAACUCAUUCGCGGUGUGCAUCGGACGGUGGAUUUUGUGCGUGCGACCCUGGUCCAUCCAUCAGGACACCUGUCCGUUGGCACAGGCGGGUCAUCACGAGCGACCUUCAGCAGCCCAGUCAUGAGCCGAAGGCAUGCACGGAUAACGUUAGCAGAAGAUGGUUCGGUCACCGUCAUGGAUGUUGGUUCGAUGCAUGGGACUUAUUUGGAGGGUGUCAAUUUCUGUGAUUUCUUUCCAGAAAGGCUCAAACCGCGUCGACACUACUCAUUACGAUCCGGGGACAUCCUGCUUCUGGGCAAAUCCGUAACCCGAGAUGACAGAGACUGGAAACCUGUCACUAUCCGUGUUUCCUUCACGCAUGAUCCCGGUGCCCGCUUCGCAACUCCACCUCCUAAUCGAUAUGGACUGUACGUUAACUCCGCUGGGGAGUCAGAACAAGAUGCGGACGAGGACGCCGUCUCUAUUUCAUCAUCGUCAGGCGGGGAAGACGACGACAGCCGAGGUCUGGGUGAGAGUUCCCCGGAUACCUCGCCGGUAGUAUCCCACGUUCCACUACCGUUGGAUGGAGCACAACCCUCGGCGUCUACUUCAUCGGAAAACCUCGUCAGUAUAAGUAGGAAUGCGGAUAGUCCGAGUCCGAGUCCCGGUCCGGCCAUCUUUGACCUGAACCGCACACUGAGCGCUAGGAUUGCACUUCGUUCAAUGCUACCACCCCUCCCGUCAAUCCAACUCUCUUCAAUACGCCGCUUACCUUCCCUUCGUGAACUUGGCUUCUUUAGAGGUCCUUCUAACAAUGUGAAUGGUGUCGAGCAAGAAGCGGAUGGCAUUCAGGCACUUAACCCGGAUCAGACUGUCGAACAAGUAGACAUCGCUACCAACAUCACGGUACCGUCUGAACCUGCGAAUUUUGCGGCGGACAUUAUGACUAGCAUUGGUUCGGUGCGAUCACCAGUAGCGGAUGAAGACGCAGCUUCGGGUUCUAUCUUCGUGUGGCAGGAGCCAUCACAUCCGCAAAACCAGCUAGGUCUUGAGCUGAGUGCUCAUAGUAGCUUUGUUGAACCCGAGGCCGAGAAAAGGAAGAGCGAAGACAGAAGCUGCAGCUGUGAAUCGGAUAGCAGCUGCCAUUGUUCGGAUGACGCGGGCGAAAGUUCGAGCAAAGAGCAAGAGAAGUAUCCCGAGGUACAGCAUGACGACGAGAAGUCGAUGGAAAUUUCUCCUUGUAGUAGCCGUGGCGGGAGCCCGAGUUUCCGUGCGAGUGCGGUGUUUGAAAUGGAAAGCAGUGUGGAAUGUGACAGUGAGAAUGACUGUAAUGGAGGGUUUGAAGGACGGGACAACUGUCAAUGCCCGUCGGAGGAGCGGCCUGGAGAACUCGGUCUGGGCCGAGAGCAGCCACAAGAAGCGCGCACAAACGAAAGGCCUAUCCCGAUUCCGUUCAUACCUGGUUUGCAGAUUCCUGCUCCUACUGCUGAUCGGACGCCUACACAUUCCGCAAGACAAGAGACACAGCAUGAACCUCCUCGAGCAGCACGGUCGGAGUCGGCGAUUACAGCGGAAGAAUAUGAACAGCGUCGGCGUGCCAGAGCAGCUCGGUUCGGAUUGCCACUUAGUCCAGGUCCCUUCCCUCCCAGUCCGGUCAGUGUCUCUAGACGUGGAGGGCCAAGAGGAUCUCGGCAUGGAGUCAGUCGUGGGUCCAGGCGGACGAGAUUUGGGUCGCUAGCUGCGCAGGCGGGGCCGUCACUUUCCCAAGGGCCGAGCGUUCCAAGAAGCCCUCCGGAUGUAGAUGUGCUGCGUACAAAGGUUCAUUUACUCGAGAACCGAAUGCAAGAGAUCGCUACCAGCACCGUUUUGGCGAACAAUGCUGCGGCUUCGGCUUCCGCGUCCACUUCUGCCUCUGUUACGUCUAUUGAUGAGGCUCGGAAAGAGAUGGAGUCUAUGCGUGAAGAAAUGCGUCGUUUAUCAGGACUAUUAGAGAGUCUUGUCGCAAAGAUUGACGCUCGUGCGAAAGAUGUGGCACACGCCGAGCAGGGAGUCCAAGCAGAAGGAUCAGAGGCCAAGAAGGAGACGGCAUCGGAGGCGUCAUUGCCAACGAGCAGGAAACGAAAACGCGUGGAUGACCUUUGCACCCUAGGAACUAGCGACCUUGAAACUGAAAGGCUUAUCAUGAGUCUUAGCUCGCAAAUGCGUCGGCCAUUGGUCGAGAGGAUUCGUGAAUUCCAUGAGCCAAUUGAGCAACCUGAGGUCCGUCCUGCGAAGCGUGCUCGGAUGGAUAGGCAGCGGAGCACGAUGACGUUCGCCGCGGCGGCUGGGUAUACGGGUCUCGGUGCGGCAUUGGCAUGGGCUGCACUUGCCUAUGUUCUAUGAGGUGCCAGGUACAUCGACUUAUUCGUACUCGUCUCGUUCCAAUCGGGUCCGGCUCUUUCGUUUCUGGGUAUCCGCUGUUCCGCUCGUGCUUCUCCUGUAUCUUUGCACUGUCUCGGCUCCGCAUUCACAACAACUAUUUACAUUUUUUUUUCGUUCUGUUUCUGUCCUCUGAUCCAAGCCAAUCCAAUCUCUGUUUCCAAGUCUGCCCAUCGUCGUUGUCGCUUGCGUUGUAUCUUGCUAUCAUUUUCCUUGAAUUAGUCGUUCCAAUCUCCAUCUCCAUCGUCCGUCUCAAUGUCCAAUAUUCAUUCGUCUUUGUCCUUUCACUUUCACCAGUUCAAGCUUCCUUGACGAAAACGUCAUCUACGCAGCACAAAUAAUCACUUCCCCUUCCCUGUGCCACUUUACAAUGCUAUUUCCUUUUCACCGUUGCUUCCGUCAGUAAAGAAAACUGCUGCAAUACUGUUCCAUCUUCCAUCUUCUACCUUCUACAAUAGUCUAGCUUACAGUUUCU